AUGGUGUGGUCUAACACGGGUCCUCGGGCGGAACAGCUGCCGUGGCACUUUGGCCAUGCGGCCAAGUGGUUGCGUGCGCACCCUGAGGUUGAAGUUGCCCGAGUAGGUUUAGAUCACAGGCACCUGUAUGCGGAGGGCAGUGGUCUGGGAGGGAGUGCAGGCGCGGGGCCUGGACAACAGGCUCAAGGACCUGAAUUGGUUGAGCCUCCACAAGUGCUUGCCGGGUCACCCAGGCCCGAGGUGUGUUCCUGGUACACCGGUCUAGAUAGCUGUAACGGGACCAGAGGGGACUCUGGUUUCCCUGGAAUCCAUGGUCUGGAUGGGCCUGAUGGGGGAGCGGGUUACUCAGGGAUCAAAGGAGUGCCAGGGGACCCCACCGUUCAGUUCAUCCAGUACCCUGGUAUACCUGGUGAUGUCGGCCGUGCUGGGGUUACUGGACUGCCUGCAUGUAGCUGUCGCUGUAACUGUGAUGGAGUUAAAGGCAGUAAGGUAUCCAAGGUGAGCAGGGGACUCCGGGAUCCAAAGGCUCCCAAGGUCCCUAAUUUGCUGUGCCAGUACAGGACUGCUUCUGAUUCACCCGUCACAGCCAGAAGCAGAAUGUGCCAUAGUGCCCAGGGGGCAGCAACCUCAUCUACUCCGGAUACUCCCUCCUGUUCAUCAAUGGCAACAACAGAGGCCAUAGCCAGAAUCUGGCAAACAGGGGCUGGAGCGGAGGGCUCUGGCCAGCUGCUGGCCUCUUUGUGGUCCUGCCUAGAAGAGUUCCGGAAGAUUCCCUUCAUUGAGUGCCAUAGGCGAGGGACUUGCAACUACUACACUGACUCCAGCAGCAAAUGGCUGGCCUUGUUGGACCCCGAAAACAUGUUCAGGCAGCCGGUGGGGAAAGAGGUUGGUGGUCCACACCCCCCACAUCCCUGACAGGCCACCUGUCACUCAACCCAGGAAGCAGAGUGACGAGCUGAGAGGGCGAGCUCUUUAUAAGAGCCCCACAGAACCCUCAUCAACAGAACCAGGCCUGCUCCAUAUCAACUGAUCUAGAUCCAGCACACCCCGGUCCAGCUUAGCUCAGCUAGUUUCACCGUGUCUCGUCCCUGCAAACCCAACCCAGCUCUGU